AUUUUGAAAUCCUAAGCGGAAACACUUUGGUUGCAUUGUGGUGUACUUGACGCAACUGUUGGCGCUAGCGCUAGGCUGACAGUUGGCAGAAACCUUCGUCUAACAUGAAGAUAUAAACGUUUUAAUCAAAUCAUGACACAGAUUUGAGGAGUUUUAACAAGUAUUAUAUUUGUCAGACUGUACUCUGGCACGGUGGUUAUGUCAUUUGUUGUUUGAGAACCCCGUACCAGCUACGUUAGCUAGUUAGCUUCAGCAAGCUAACAUAAACAUUGACAAGCUAACGUAGCUAGCUACGUGGCUAGCUAACGCUAACUCAGCUAACAUCCCAUUUUGUUAGUGUUUUUAAUUGUGAUGGAUGAGGAUUUUCUGCUCGCAAUUCGGCUUCAGGAGCAGUUUGACAAUGAAUACGAGACAUCAUCAUAUUCAUCAAGCAGCUUUGAGGGUAAUGGCUUCGGACAAAGCAGUAAGAAGAGGAAAGUGGAGGUAGCUGGAGGGGGCAGCGGUGUUGCUCCCUACUGGAAGCCGACCGUCCGGCCCGACAGGCCGCUGUCCAUCGUGGACGCGUCCUGGGAGACGCUGGACCCCAGUCCCGAUGUCAGAGCCAUGUUUCUGGAGUUCAAUGAGACAUUCUUCUGGGGGAAACUCAGCGGUGUCGAGGUUAAGUGGAGCCCAAGAAUGACACUAUGUGCUGGUGUGUGUUCCUACGAGGGUCGGGGGGGUCUGUGUUCGAUCCGGCUCAGUGAGCCUCUGCUGAAGCUUAGACCCAGGAAAGACCUGGUGGAGACUCUCCUCCAUGAAAUGAUUCACGCGCUGCUGUUUGUGACCCAGAACAACCGAGACCGAGACGGCCACGGCCCUGAGUUCUGCAAACACAUGAACCGGAUCAACAGCGCCAGUGGCACAAAGAUAUCUAUCUACCACAGCUUCCAUGACGAGGUGGACGUGUACCGGCAGCACUGGUGGAAAUGCAACGGGCCCUGUCAGCACCGCAGGCCCUAUUUUGGCUUUGUGAAGAGGGCCAUGAACAGGGCUCCAUCUGCUCAGGAUCCCUGGUGGGAGGACCACAAGAGGACGUGUGGAGGGACCUACACCAAGGUCAAGGAGCCGGAAGGAUACGGCAAGAAAGGCAAGAAAGAUGGUAAAAAGGAUGGGAAGACCUCGGAGAAGAAGACCUCCGAGAAGAAGGACUCAGGCAAUGGAAAGCCUUCAAGUUACACUACAGGCUCCGGCUCCCAGGACAUCCGGGACAUAAUCCCCUUCAGUGGCAAAGGAUUCCUCCUGGGAGGGAUGUCCCAGUCCUCCGCCUCUUCCCCCCCAUCCCCCCCAUCUCACACACCUGCAGUGCCUUCCUCUCUAAGGAAACUCUUCCCCCCUUCAUCUCCGGCUGAAACUCUCAGUUCCCCCGUUGGCCCGGGCCUUGAUAACAAAGGACUCUCUAGCGCCUCUCCCUCCGUCAGACCAGCUCCCUCCGUCAGACCAGCUCCCUCCGUGGGCCAGAAGCAGCCCACGAAGAGGUCUGUGAGCAACACGAGAGCUUUCGUCAACAUCAACGGCUCGCCCGUGAGAAUCCCCAAACCGCACGGCAGCAGCAGCCGGAGCCGAGACGGAGAUAGAGCCCAGCAGAAGUCCAUCGAAGACCUCUUCAACAGCUUCAGCAGGGCAGCGGGCCGGUCCUCCACGUCAGACCCAGAAACUCAAAGGGAUUCACGGACAUCACCAGCGAGUGCUACGUCUGCGUCUCCGUUAACUAUUCCUAACCAUUCAGCAGCCUCUUCUCCCAGAACAUCUCUGCCCAGUCCUAGUGAACCCAGCCGGUCUGGAGUUUCAGCAGGGACCAGGGGCGGCCCUGCUAACCCAACCCUGUCUGAGUACUUCAGUCGUUCUAACAGCGACAGGACAUCAGCAGCGGCUGGCGGGGGUCGGUUGUCGAGGAAGAGGCCGUGGGACGACGGCAGCAGAACCUCGUCCAGCAUCGCUGACUUCUUCCAGAAGACGUCGGGCAGCGAUUCAGCGGCAUCACGGGGCGCGGGAAAGACCAAAUCACCCGCAAUGCAGCAUAGGACCGCAACUGCCACCGCCUCCUCUUCAUCCUCUCUCCAAUCCUCAGCAGGGCUGAACAGCUUGACCCCCUCCUCGUCUUCCUCGUCUUCCUCCUCGGCGCUGAUGGUCAGCUGUCCUGCGUGCCGAGCAGAGGUGCAGGAGUCAAAGAUCAAUGAGCAUCUUGAUUCCUGCCUCUCCUGAAUGAGGAGGAGCCGACUCAGACACUGAGACACGGACUUUUAAAAUUGUUCAGGGACGUUUCAGAGGGUUUCCUGUGUUGGGUUUUAAGGGAUUUGACCAGAUCUCCUUUUUAAGUUUCUUAAUUUUUGAUUUCAGGGGAAAUUGACUCCACUUUUGAUUUGAUGAAGAAUGGUUGGACACAGUUUUACAACCAGAUGGGCGUGUUUACCUAACUGUAAUAAUGGCAAUUCUUCUCUCACAAGUGCCUGUCUGACAGUGUGUGCCUUAGUCUAGACUAAGAGACUAGAGAACACCAGGGUUUCACAGAUAAUGGAAGUCAUUCACUUUUUACUUAAGUUAAUCUUAGUCUUUUUUAUCAGGCAAAACACUCAAAAUUCUAAUAAAUUCUGUCUGCUGGCGUGGGCAGGUUUGUGUAGGCGACCAGUAACUGAAGCAGUCUUGUCUUAACUUUGUUGAAUAUUUUAAGGAUGACAUUCACUUGUUGUCUGGGGGCUCUGGGCUCCGGGCUCUGGGCUCUGGGCUCCGGGCUCCGGGCUCCGGGCUCUGGGCUCCGGGCUCCGGGCUCCGGACUCUGGACUCCGGGCUCCUUCACGUUAGACUUGCCUACAUUUGAUGAGCGUUAGUUUGAUCGCUAUGACGUGGAAGCAGAUCAGUUCUGGUUUGAAUCCUGAACCAGUAGUUACAGUACCAGUAACUGAAGCAGUCUUGUCUUAACUUUGUUGAAUAUUAGACAUUCACUUGUUGUUUGGGGGCUCUGGGCUCCGGGCUCUGGGCUCUGGGCUCUGGUCUGGGGGCUCUGGGCUCUGGGCUCCGGGUUUCGGGCUCUGGGCUCUGGGCUCUGGACUCCGGGCUUUGGUCUCUGGAAUCUGUGGGCUCCGGGCUCCGGUCUCGGGCGUACGGUCUCUGGACUCUGGGCUCUGGGCUCCGGGUUUUCGGUCUUCUCUGGGCCUCUGGACUAGGGCUUAGGUCUCUGGACUCUGGGCUCUGGACUCUGGGCUCUGGUCUCUGGGCUCUGGUCUCUGGGCUCUGGGCUCAGGGCUCUGGUCUCCGGUCUCUGGUCUCCGGACUCCUUCACAUUACACUUGCCUACAUUUGAUGAGCGUUAGUUUGAUCGAUAUGACGUGGAAGCAGAUCAGUUCUGGUUUGAAUCCUGAAGAUGAUAAGUGUAGAAAGGUUACUUCAGGUCACUUCAGCCUCCUCUAGGGGCGGAUGUGUUGCCUGGUUCCUGUAGUCCGACGGAUCCUCCACCUUUAAAUCUGCAUCCGCUGCCCCCCAGACGGCAGCAGGAGACUCUGACCGACCUCCGCUGAGGUCUGGGAGUCAGGUUUCAAGCUCGCCAGCGUUUUGUUUCAGCAAGUCUUCAGAUUUGCUCUGCAGUUCCGGGACGUGCACGGGUAUCUGAUCGGGUCUAGUCAUUCAAUACCGAUGUACUUCAUCAAUCAGGUCUACAGCUGAUGACUUUACUGUAUUUUUAGCAAAACGUUUCCAGUUCAAAAUGCUAAUUUUGCUGCUACAACGUGAGAAUCUUAUAUCUGUAUGUUCCACCUUUUAUAUGUUGUGUGUGUUUUUUAAGGACAUUGUUAAAUAUGUUUAGAUUGUGUUGCCAAAUAAAACAUUUCUACUGUUCUAUUUA